CCCGCCAGCGUCCCCGCCACAUGGCGGGGACGAUCUCUCUCCAUCGGGCGUACCUGUGCUGUACGAACUGUAGCGUCGCAUCCACCAGCUCCAACGGGUUCCUGCGCUAAACUACUGCUCCAACAGAGCCACCUAUUUCCAUAGCACUACUGGUGCAGCUGCACAACGUCGCUUUCUUCUCCAAACAUCGCCACUGCGAGUCUGCUCGACCAUCGUGCAAACCACCACCAGCAGCAUUUAUUUCGCAAUACACAACGUAUAAAUAAUCACCCAUCGCUCAGAGCACAUCUUUCAACUAUGGCUCCGAGUCUCUCGGCUCUCGCAGCCGUUGUCUUGCUGGCCAAUCUCGUUGCCGCGGGCGUCAAGGAUCACCAGCUUCCCCUCUCUGAUUUUGGCGCCGCGUGCCCAGACUACACCAAAUAUGCGACAUAUCCACACGCCCCAUUCAGUGAAGGAAAGCUCAAGCUUCCGUUUCAGCGCCCCGAUCCACGAUGCAGAACCUUUACUUCAGACUCUAUCGAAAAGGUUAUCAAAGAUGUUACCGAGCGAAUGGCAGAUCCUGACUUGGCCAGGCUGUUUGAGAACGCCUUCCCAUCGACUACUGAUACAACAGUAAAGUUCCAUACCAAGGGCAGCAAAGACGCCGGCUUCAUGGCGACUGGUGAUUCUAGCUAUGACCAAGGCGCAUGGGAAGGACCACAAACCUUUGUCAUUACCGGAGAUAUCAUUGCAGAAUGGCUGCGCGACUCGACAAACCAGCUUCGCCCCUACCAGGCAUUGGCCAAGAACGAUCCCGCCAUCUUCGACCUGAUUCACGGCGCCAUUAGCACGCAGGCCGAAUAUGUCAUCAAGUCGCCGUACUGUAACGCCUUCCAGCCGCCUCCCAUUAGCGAUCUCCCCACAACAUCAAACGGCCAAAACGAUAGAGUGCAUCCCAUGUACGAACCAAGCUUCGUCUUUGAGUGCAAGUAUGAGCUUGAUUCCUUGGCCCAUUUCCUCGCCUUGGGCAACGACUUUUACGAACACACCGGGUCGACCAAAUUUGCCAAUGAACGAUGGAUGCUUGCUCUCGAGACGCUGCUCGAAGUGUUGUAUGAGCAGUCCAUGCCGACCUUUCACCCAGAAAAUGGCCGUCUGUUGCGCAAUGAGUACAGCUUCCAGCGCUGGACCGACUUGGGUACUGAAACGCUCAAUCUACAGGGUGUUGGCAAUCCUCUAAACAGCGGCACUGGGCUGGUCAGAUCGGCGUUCCGACCGAGCGACGACGCUACCAUCUUGGGCUUCUUCAUUCCAGCCAAUGCGAUGAUCUCUGUCGAAUUGGGUAGAACGGCCAAGAUGCUACUUAAGAUGGGCAAUACUAAAAUGGCAUCCGACAUUGAGAAAUGGAGCAAGACUAUUCGACAAGGUGUCCUGGAGCAUGGUGUUGUACACCACAAAAAGUAUGGCGACGUCUUUGCGUUUGAAGUUGACGGCUACGGCUCCAACAUUAUCAUGGAUGACGCCAACUACCCGUCUCUUCUGGCACUGCCUGUUAUGGGAUUUUGCUCGGCAGAUGACCCAAUCUACAAAAACACGCGCAAGAUGCUGCUCGAGAAGCAGGGUAACCCAUACUACUUGACUGGUUCCGAAUUUAAGGGCAUCGGCGGGCCUCAUAUUGGUUUGCAGAAUGCUUGGCCAAUGAGUUUGCUCAUCCAGGCGCAGACAUCGGACAAUGAUAAGGAAAUUUUGGAGUGUCUUGACCUUGUGCUCAAGUCGUCUAAGCGCGGCUUGAUUCACGAGAGUAUUCAUGUUGAGCGCUCAUCCAUGUACACCCGCAGCUGGUUCGCUUGGGCCAAUGAAGUCUUUGCAAUGACAAUUCUUGAUUUGGCCAAGAGAAAACCCAAGCUGAUUUUCAAAAAGGGUACCGGCACCUACGAGAUUUGAGGCUGAAUUGAAACGCUGGCGAGGCUUGCGAAUAGAUUUGUUAUUACUAGUACUAUACCUUCCCUCUUGCAUAUAGUUGGGCUCACGACGUUUUAUGAAUAGACUGCAUUUUAUAUCCCGACACAGAAAACCACAAAACAAACCACAGUUAAAUGAAUUAAUAUAUUUUCAAUACAAAUUAAUAAGCUCCUUUUCCACCUAACUGGCA